AUGGAAUAUGUUGGAAGAAUAGAGUUGGCUACCCCAAGGAUAUAUCACACAGACGAUCUUACCCCUCCCCAUCAAACUCUUGUAGAUUACUUGGAUCACAAACCUUCUCUCCUGACCUUAAGAACUGGCCUUAAGAUCAUAACCAGGAGAAAAGCAGCAGUCGUUUAUCACAUCGAACGUAACGGUCAUCCUGAGCAUCCUCAUUUCUUGGAGGUCCCUAUCUCUUCUAGUAAAGGGCUCUACCUCAAAGAUGUGAUCAAUGCUCUCAACUCGAUCAGAGGUCCAGGCAUGGCUAACAUGUACUCAUGGUCAUCAAAGAGGAGGCAUGGGAAAGGAUUUGUGUGGAAAGACUUGACAGAGAACGACUUGAUACAACCAUGCAGUAAUGAUGAUGGUGGCAAUGACAAUUACAUUCUGAAAGGGUCGCCAGUCCCUGAGCUCUUCUCCACAUGGAACUUGAGAUCCCCUGCUGCUGACACUCUAACAUCUUCAGCCACAUCCAAAGGAUCCUCCGACGACAUCGACACCUCUAGCCUGAGCGACGAUGACGACUUCGAUUCACCAGUCAUCAGAGGGAAGAGCUUUGGCUGUGGCACCACGUUUGUCGAUGCUGAUGUUAAUCAACAUCGGCGGGAUAAGCUGCCACCACCUCGCACGUUGACCAUCUUGACCAAUGAGAUUGAUGAACUGUGCUCUGAAUUUCCAUCACCAAUGGAUGGUGAUGGUGAUGUUGGUGCAGCCAAGAAAGUUGAUGCAGAAGAAGCUUAUUGCAACCACCAUGAAACUCUUCGAUCUGCUAUGAUGAGAACUACUACUGACAGGGUUUCUCCUUCUACACCUGCUGAAUCAAUAGCCAGAAAGCCUGCUGCAGGGAGAGUUGGGAGGCCGAGGACAACCGACCUUCUGUGGACUCUGGUGAGGUGUGGUCGUGUGGAUCACGUUCGAUGAGGUGAAAAAGAGAUGGACAAAUGAAGAUGGUGAUGAAGAAAUGAAACCAAGGGCAAGGAAUGUUUACUUUGAUGAUCAAGAAUUCACGAUGACUAUUGAGGUUUUUUUUUUUUUUAAUAAGAUGUAUGAUGUUGUAACACAUGUAAGGGUGGACAUGGGUCUAAAAUCAUAUCAAAUUGAGAUAAAAUCGAAUCAAACUUAAAGAAGAA